CUCUCUCUCUCUCUCUAUACCUCCGUAAACAUCCCCUCCUCCUCUUGAUCCAACCUGUGAUUUUAGACAGUGUAUGAUACAUACCGACCUUGUCGAAGAUUUCUGCGCUAGAAACUUCCCCACCCAUUUCUUGCUUUAUUAAUAGAUAGAUAGAAGAUCUUUUAAAUUCUCAAAAAACACUUUGAAAAAUUGUAUUUUCGGUUACCAAGAGUUUUAACAAUUCUGGAUUAAUUUGUUUUCCGCUCACCUAUAUUUCGGACAUUAGAUCUGCCGCUGGCUUAAACAGAUUCCAUUCUUCUUUUUCAAUGAAAUCCGAAGCCCCUUCCUACCCCUUAAUGGAGCCGCCGGAUUGUUUCGACGAUGAAGAAGAAGAAGAACAACAAGCUCACUAUGUUUCUGGGUCUGCAUCCAAAUUGCAACCCAGGGCAGUUGUAUCCAAGGCAUGCUGGAACGAUGAGGUGGGCAUGGCUCAAGUCGUAGUUCAAAAGGGCACAUUUUCCAAGUCUACCGGUAUUGUUCGCAGUGGCAAGCUCUAUUACUCCAUUCCUGAACUUCUGUUUUUGGUUGAAAUUGGGGCUUUGGUUGUGUCAGAUGAGACUCGUACCGACCUUUCUUUGGAACAUUUGUAUGUCAAGAUGUCAAGUGGCAAGUUUGGAUGCUGUUGGGAGGAGUUUCGAGCUUAUAGGCAACUCAAGUCUCUUGGUUACAUUGUUGGGCGCUAUGGGAUUCCCUGGUCUGUGAAGAAGGCUAAGACUCAAUGUGAUUCUAUUUCUUCCCAAGGUGGUCCUGAAAGUGAAGAGGUGGUGAAGCUGGAAUCGAAAGAGAUCUGGCAUGUCGUUGGCCUGUUUAAGGAGAUGCAGAUUAAUGAAGCUUGGCCGGCUUUUAAUGUGUAUCUCCCUAACAGCAAAUUCCGGAAGACUUGUCCCGGUGAUCCAAGCUUUGUGCUCUGUUUUACCAGGGGAAAUCCUCCAUCCAGAGCAGAGAUUCACGCCCUUGAGGGACAAUGUGGGGGUAUUCCUUUAAAGUUCUGUAAUGUGGAACAGGGACGGAGGAUAGAGGCUAAUACACGACGUCGUCAAAGCAUAAAACUAUCCCUCAGUUAGCAACGUAAAGCCAACACGUUUUAACCUUCAUGUCAAGUGCUUCUCAUUAGCCACAAGGCAGUUCUGUAUAUCCAAAUUUCAAGUACUGAUAAUGGCUUGUUGUCAUUGAAUGACCAAUUCAUGGGAGCUUGCAUUUGAGAAUGUUUCAUUCAGACUAGGCUGGAGCGCUGUUUUUGCAUAGUCAGUCGUCAGUUCCUCAUCUGACAGCUGGCAGAUAUGUACUUGAUGGUUAGUUGUAGUUGUAGUUGUAGUUGUUGACAGAGAGAGCAGCUUUAUGCCUGAUGACUUGAUGAGUUGCUUAAACUGAAAAACUUGUGGGUUUUUAUCUAUUGGUCAAUUUGAC